CUUCACGGACAUUUUCUUAACCUGUCCGAAAGAAAAACUGUUCUCACGCUUCCCGCGGAAGGGUUCCUCUUCAGAAAUGUCCACAAAAUCCAAUGGUGCAUAGCAAAUUCGGGUUAUCCAACCCACUUUCCGUAGAAAUGUAACAGAAGUGCACACAAAGUACGCACAUUUACACGUUCUUAAACUUUGAUCAUCAUUUAUAAACAUUUAAUGAUACGCAAAAUUCAAAAUUUGUAUAGCUACAUAUUCGGUGUUACUGAAUACUACCAGAAAAUUCUCGUCUGUUUUCUUUCCAAAAUUCCCCGCCUUUUCUGGUGACUUUCAUGUUUGUGUCACCCAUUGAGAGGUGGCAUGGUGGAAAGAUAUCGAACGAAAUCGAAGGGAAGGCCAAUCUCGAAGCUAGAGGGUAGAAGAAAGUUGGAAGUAGGGAUGAGAAACGGGAACUAGAUAUACAAACAUUGUUUUUUGGUUAGUCUUUCGUGUGACCACGUGAAGUUGAUUUGGAAGAAUUGUGUGCUUAGUUUUCAAAUAGAUCUUACUACGAAAGAAAAUCCGUUACAUUCAAGCUUACUACUGACAAGAUGGUCUGUAGCGGCGAAGAGCCCUCGAAGCCAUUACAAGAUGCAAGAACUACCCCAUCUGAACAAAGUAGUCGUUCAAGGAGUUCAACCAAGAAAAGCCCUGAAGCUGGUCAUCUUAACUCUAGCAAACGAAGACGUUCUGUUACGAAUGAAGAUGAUGUAGUGUUUAAAAGACUGUGUAAGGAUGCAGAAUUUCGUAAUGAUUUACAGGAUAAACCUAGACAAGACAAAUUGGAUGAUAGAUUUCAAGCUAAGCAAUGCCUUUCUCGUCAUUUGAUUGGAUUGAUGUAUACGUUAGACUUUUCAGUACUUUGUUCACUUAGAAAGUCUAUGUAUGAACAUAAAUAUCCUUCAUUGUCAUUAGCAUUUGAAGAUUCCGAAAUUGAUAGGUUCAAUAAUAUUGUCAUCCGUUACGAAAAGAAUUCCGUUCAUAUACAAAUUAAACAUGUGGACAACUAUUAUGUAGAUAAUGAUAUUAGUUACGCUGAAUUAUUUACCAAAGAAAGACGAAGCUUUUCUAUUAAUAGUUACUUUAAUAGUUUUGUCAAACAUCUAAUCUCUAAAUCAGAUGGUUUAUCAAAUGAUAUAAAAUAUCUUGUUGUGUGUACUAAUUCAGGUAUGGAUCUUACAGAAGGAAAGAAAUUUAAAAAAGGACGGUCGAGAAAUUUUUAUCCUUUUCAAUUUGAUAGCAUAAAUAUAGCGGAAUGUGACGUGUUAAAAGACUUUUUUUAUACAACUGAUAACGCGCAAGAGAGUGGUUUUUAUCAGUUUUCUCGAGAUAAAACGACAAGAGAAGAACUUUUAAAUCGAUUAGAUUUUUCGUCUGGUAUGCAGAAAGUAAUAAAAGAAAGGCAAUUUUCUCAGGAAUUUGAACGAGGAAUGAAAGGAGCGUUUUUAGAUAAAUUAGUAUUUGCAGUUAAUCAGCCUGAUCGGGAAAAAUUGAACAGCAUUGUUAAAAGUGAAAUAAAAGGAAAUAGUGGACUUCCAGACGAUUAUAUAGCAUUACAACAAAAAGUAUUAUGCGAACUAAAGGAAUCAGAAAAUUAUGAAAAACUUGACAACUAUAUAACUGGGAUUACAUAUGAAUUAAAUUUACUAAUUUCCUUCUUGCAUUCCAUGUUCUUGGAUAAAAACAUGUUUUCCAUAAAUUUUGGAGGAAAAAGUCAUAGUAUAUCUAAUGCCAUUUCUAUCAAUUAUAAAGAUAGAAUUACUUACGUAAAGGCUUAUAAUACGUAUAGUUAUAUUAAUUAUAAUGAAUUAUUUCCUUCCAAACAGCAGGAGAAGAAAAAUACGUUUUCUAUGAAUAAGCAUUUUAUGCAUUUCAUUAAAGAAUUAGAAAAGGACGUAAGAUAUUUUAUUAUCUAUACUAAUGCGGGCCUAGGUCUUACAGAAAAAAACUAUUUACGAAAAGGACACUCUGAAGAUUUUUAUCCUCUAAAAUUUAAUAGUAUCGAUAUUCGAAAGAAAAAGUACAAAAUUUUAAGGAAUUGUUCGUGUAUAAAUGAGAACAACCUUUAUCAAUUUGCACAAGAAGAAACAACAAGAGAAGAGCUUUUAAGCCUAUUAAAGUUUCCUCUUUCUUUGCAAAGUGAAAAAGAAGAAGUGAGAUUUUCUAAUGAGAAUGAAAAAGAAAUAAAAGAAAAGUUUUUAGACAAGUUAAUAUUUGCAGUUAGUCAACCUAAUAAGGCAGAAUUGACUGACAUUAUUAGAGACGAAAUAGAAAAAGAUAAUAAGUCUAAUAAAGUUCCAUAUAACUAUGAAAAAUUACAUGAAAUAGCGUUACGUUGGUUAGAAUCUCAUCAAAUUGGUCCUAUUACUAAAGCACUAAUGGAAAGACUUUUAGGAGAUAUAGAAAAUAAUAGGUCUAGUUAUCAGGAAAUUUGGAAUAAGGACAUUGAAAAAAUUAAAUUUGCUAAAAGUGUGACUGGUAGAGAAGGCUCGCCUGCAUUUAACCAGUUCUUACAUUUUUUAAUUGAAGAGGAAGGAAGAAGAUAUCUAGAAAUACUGAAAAGGCAGGGAAUAAAUCUCACUAGUGUGUCUAGUAUUUUAAAUGGAACAAAAGCUAACGCUACAAAGGCUUUUAAAGACUUGUAUGAUCUAUGGUUUGAUGAAUACGGAAAUAAAACACAAUAUUUAAAAACUCUAGCAGAAGAAGGAAUAAAUCUCACUAGUGUGUCUAGUAUCUUAAAUGGAGCAAAAGCUAAUGCUGCAAAGUCUUUUCAAGACUUAUAUAAUCUAUGGUUUGAUGAGCAAGGGAAUAAAACACAAUAUUUAAAAACUUUAGAAAAAGAAGGAAUCAAUCUGCCUAAUAUGUCUAGUAUUUUAAGUGCAUCAGGAGUUUAUGCUUGUACAGUUUUCAAGGGUUUGUAUGAUCUAUGGUUUGAUGGGCAAGGCAAUAAAACACAAUAUUUGAGAACUCUAGAAAAAGAAGGAAUAAACCUACCUAAUGUGUCCAGUAUUUUGCACGGGGCAGGAUCGAAUGCUACAAAGGCUUUUAAAGACUUAUAUGAUCUAUGGUUUGAUGGGCAAGGGAAUAAAACACGAUAUUUGAAAACUCUACAAGAGGAAGGAAUAAAUCUGCCCAAUAUGUCCAGCAUUCUUCAUGGAGCAGGAUCGAACGCUGCAAAAGCCUUCAAAGACUUAUAUGACCUAUGGUUGGAUCAGCAAGGAAACAAAACACGAUAUUUAAAAUCUCUAGAAAGAGAAGGAAUAACUAUGAGCACUGUGUCCAGUAUUUCAAGUGGAUCAGGAAUAAAUGCUGCAAAAGCCUUUAAAGACUUAUGUGAUCUAUGGUUUGAUAAAAAAGGAAACAAGACAGAAUAUUUAAAAAGUCUAGAAAAAGAAGGAAUAAAUCUAUCUAGUAUAUCGAACAUUAUUCAUGCAACAGGAUCUAAUGCUACAACAGCUUUUAAAGACUUCUAUGACCUAUGCUUUGAUAAGCAAGGAAAUAAGACACAAUAUUUGAAAACUCUAGAAGAGGAAGGAAUAAGUCUGUCGAAUAUGUCCAGUAUUUUAAGUGGAGCAAGGACUAAAGCUUGUAAAGCUUUUAAGGACUUAUAUAAUCUAUGGUUUGAUGAACAAGGAAAUAAAACAAGAUAUUUAAAAACUCUGGAAAAAGAAGAAAUAACUAUAAGCACUGUAUCCAGCAUUUCAAGUAGAGCAGGAUGCAAUGCUGCAAAAUCUUUUAAAGACUUAUAUGAUCUAUGGUUUGAUGGGCAAGGGAAUAAGACACAAUACUUAAAAACUCUAGAAGAGGAAGGAAUAGAUCUGUCCAAUAUGUCCAGCAUUCUUCAUGGAGCAGGAUCGAACGCUGCAAAAGCCUUCAAAGACUUAUAUGACCUAUGGUUUGAUCAGCAAGGCAAGAGAACACGAUAUUUAAAAGUAUUGAAAAAAGAAGGAGUAAAUCUAUUUAAUAUAUCAGUUAUUCUGAAUAGAGCAGGGGCUAGUGCUGCAAAGGCUUUUAAAGACUUACAUGAUCUAUGGUUUGAUGAACAAGGAAAUAAAACACAUUAUUUAAAAACUCUAGAAAAAGAAGGAAUAACUCUAACCACUGUGUCCAGUAUUUCAAAUGGUGCAGGAUCGAAUGCUGCAAAAGCCUUUAAAGAAUUAUGUGAUCUAUGGUUUGACAAGCAAGGAAAUAAAACUCAGUAUUUAAAAACUCUGGAAACAGAAGAAAUAGCUCUAACGACUGUGUCCAAUAUCUUGUAUCGAUCAGGAUCGAAUGCUGCAAAAGCCUUUGAAGACUUAUAUCAUGUAUGGUUUGAUGAGCAAGGAAAUAAAAAACAGCGUUUAAAGCAUUUUAUUGAGGAAAGAGAUGGACAAAGUUUUAUGAUCUGUAAUUUAUCAAGCAUUUUAAGUGGAUCAGGAGCAAAAGCUAAAGAUGCCUUUGAGAAAUUACAUAGUGUUUUCUUCGAUGAAGAAGGAAAAGAAACGGAAUUUUUAAAUGAUUUCUAUAAUGCUGGUUUUAAACCAAGUAACCUUGCCUGUCUGUUAUGUGGAAAGGGAGUUUAUGCUUCUUCUGCGUUCGAGAAAUUACAUAGUGUUUGUUUCAAUGAAAAAAGAGAAAAAACAAAAUUUUUAGAUGAUUUCCAUAAUAUAGGUUUCAGUUCUAGUAAUUUAAGCAAUAUAUUAAGUGGAGCAAUAGAUAGUCUGGUAAAUUUUCAUGAUUUUUGUUCUAUAGAACAAACAAGAAAGUGUUUAAGUAAUUUCUUAAGAGGCGGUUUUACUCUUAGUAAUUUAUCUAGGAUUCUGCAUGGUUCAAGAGCUAAUGUUUGUUCUGCUUUACAAGAUUUUCAUAAUGUUUGUUUUGAUAGAAAAGGAAAUAAUACACAGCUUUUAGAUGAUUUUUAUAGUGCAGGAUUUAGACCGAGUACUUUGUCCAAAAUAUUAUACAUGGCAGGAAAUAAUGCUGUUACUAUUUUAGUAAGUUUUCAUCAAUCUUGUUUUGAUGAAAAAAAUUAUUUAAAUCACUUCUUAGUUGAGAAAGAACUCUUUACACCAGAAAAUUUAUCACAGAUAUUAGAUAGAUUAGGACUUAAUAUUUGUACUACCUUUGAAAAAUUGCAUGACCUUUGUUUUGAUGAGUCAGGAAACAGAACAAAAUAUUUAAACAAUCUUAUCAAAAACAACCCCCCGAAUGGAAUACUUAAUGUAUUAUGUGAAAAGGUUAGAAAAGCUCCGUCUACCUUUUUAAAUAGCACAUCGCUGCAACAGCAGAAUAUUAGUGUGAUAGAGGAAGCGAAAUAAGAAAAUAUAUGUGAUCUUACAGAGUGGAUCUAUCGAUUCCAAAAACAUUGUCUUCCCAAGUGACGGUUUUAAUUGCUGGAAAUGGUUCAAUUAUUUAGAUUUUUAAUAUUAUCUUCCAAUAGAUAAGCAGCAAUCCCUUGGGACUAAAAACAUUACGGUAUGUUUACAACGAAGGUUAGACGUUAAGAGUGACUGAAGAUUGUAUGUUAAUAAUGAUUAAUUCUUUAAAUAGAACUGAUUGUAAAAAUCUUAUAAUGACUGCGCAAUUAAGAAUAGAAUUUUAGAAUGUAGUUCGGUGCAAGGUUUAUGCUGUGCUCUUCAACAACAGGUAAUAGUAGUUGCCACGCGUUAAAGCACAUACAACUCGAAGUUCAUUUGAUCGAACUCUGAGGAGUUUGUAAUGAGUACAGAAUUUGGUUAAGUAAUUUUAUUAUUCAUGUGGAGGACAUCGAGACGAAUUUAAAACACAUAUUACACAUUUUUACUAACAUAUUACUCGAUUUACUGUAGUGGAAAUGUGAAAUAUUUAGCUUAACAACUAUUUUAUCGUUAAUAAUUAGUUAGGAAAAGUAGAAAUAUUGAUAUUUGUUCUAUGCUCACGUUUAUUUCGAAGGUUGAUGAUUGAUAAUAGAAAAGUAAUAUUUAGUUUAUAUUAAAAAGGAAAAAUAAAUAACACUUAGAUUCGUUAAAUUCAGUUUAAAAUGUUCGUCACGAGUCUGACACGACAUUGCAGGUCAAAGGGUUAAGGUGAAAGGACCCUGUAAACGGCUUAUAUUUUUGUCAAACUUCAGGAAUGUUUUGCAUAAGGAACAAUUUUUCGAAUCUUUCAGUACACUUUAUUUAAUAUUCUAAUAAGUCAAAAAUAUUGUUGUGACACUGUAAUUAUGAUAAACAUAGAAGAAUUAUAGCAGUAUUGUAAAUGUGUUUUUUUUCUUGACGAUAUAAAACUGCAGCAAUUGUAACAUCUCUGGUAGUUAUCUGAAACGAAGAAAUAAAAAUUUUGUUCAAUCUAGUAGACAUUUUUAAGAAUAUGAACCUAAGCUGUUGUAAAAGAAUUGAAUAUUUUACAAAAGGCAUGUGCAAGAUUUGGGGUUGACCAAACAAUUUUUAAAUUAUCCUUGCUGUAAAUUUUGAAAACGUGGUUUUAAGAAAAACGUGUUUAAUCAAGAAACGGAAGUUUAUUUCAAGAAACAUUGUACUGUAUUCAUACUUACAGCUGUCGUAACUAA